GCAGGUGUUGUGGUGUUUGUUUGCUCAGGUGUUGUGGUUGAGAAUGGGUUGCUGUCAAGUUUCCGUUGGGUGCAGCAGGUGGACCGGGGGUAAGGGUUCCCCUGUUUGCAUGGUUACCGUUGGUGUGUAGAGUUUUAGAGAGAAGUGAGAGCAAAGUUGUUUUAGAGAGAGAAGUUCCUAGCAGCAAAAGUUUCUGGAUGAAAGAACGCGUUUUGAUGUGCAAGAAGUUGUGAAUGCGUAAUAAUGUUUGUCUUAUGAAUUUCAGGAGGUCAUAUCAGUGUAUUGGAAGUUGUCACCCCCAACGCUAUCUAUGAAGGAGUCAACUCGAGUGUGUAAUGCUCUUGCUUUGUUUCAGGUUAUGGCUAAAAAUCCAGAAACAAGAAAGGAGCUUAUAGAAGCUAAAAUACCAUGUUAUUUCUACCCAUUUCUCAAGCCUAGUGGAGACGACAAGCCUUUGGAGUAUUUGAGGCUCACCAGCUUGGGUGUUCUCGGUGCCCUAGCAAAGUUUGAUGAUCCAUAUGGACCAAAGGUUCUUCAUUUUUUCCUGGAAACGGAAGUGGUUCCUUCGUGCCUGGAGUGCAUUGAUCUAUGCGAUGAACUGUCACGGAAGGUUGCAACUCUCAUAGUUAUGAAAAUUCUGAUGCAAGAGAAGGGAAUGUCCUAUUGUAGUGCUACGCCUGAACGCUUCUACUCGAUAGUACAGGUCUUGUACCGAGUGGUGCAGAAACUUACUGAAAAACCUUGUUUGCUGCAUCUAAUGUAUGUGAUACAAUGUUUUCUUAGUCUUUCAGAAGUAUUCAAGUUCAUCGGGCCAUCUGAAGCAUUCAUACGCCAAGUUCCUCCUCAGCUAUUUGACAACACCUUUAAGGACAUUCUUCGUGAUGACCACGAAACGGCAUGGAUGUUGCAGGUGCUGCAUUUCAAUGUUUAUGGACCUCUAUUUUCCCCUGAAUGAAGACAGUAUCAACUAUGAAGAAUAUUGCAAUGCAGAACACAACAAUUUCAAAGAUUAAGGGAAAGAAGUGAACUUGUUUUGUAGGAAAAAACAAUAAACAAUGACCUGAGUAGCUUUUAAGUUAACUUUUCAACUGUUGAAACUGAUACUUUUGCUCUGUUGUGUGCUGAAUUGUGCCUUUA